AUGUCCCAAUCGCCAACUAGACAACAGCAACAUGUCAGGCCAAAGCUGUGUUCGAAAAGUGUGUCCCUAUAAUUUCUGACCUUUUCUGUGUAGUUUAUAACACCAGUUGCGGCACUCUGAUAAGUUUAGCUAACGAGCCCUCCGUCGCAUUUUAUCGAAUUCAGGAGCAUAUUCGAAAGACGGCUCCGCAGCUGGCUGAUGAGCGUGCAAGUACCCGAGUUUACCUUACUCUUCAUUUAGUUGCGAAUAAUUGUGACCGAAUCGAAGCUGCGGGGCGUCAAUUAUGACCUAGGUCACAUUACCAAGUGGGUUUUGGUUCUUUUCCAUCCUCAUUUUGAUUGUUGUUGUUGUCCAAAUUAAUUACACCGAAUUCUCUGCUGGGUUUACGACCGCUAUUGAUCUACAUGGAAACCGAUAUAUCAGGAAUCUCAUUUUUAAGUUUGAUUUUCCCUUCAACCCACAUCCUUGAUUGUUUAUAAUGGUACUUUUCAGACUAUGUUUUUACGCAUGUUUCCGUAUCACCUUCCCUCAAACGCAACGGCCGUCAUUGUGUACCGUGUGUUUGACUUAGUAUGUCUGAUGGUGCGGUUAAUCGCGAAGGCGACUUUCUACUUCACUUUCGCCCUGAAAUUUGUUGCUGGCCAUAUUUAUUCAAGAUUUACAUCAAUGAGAUGGUUUCCUUUUGUUUCUCCCCCAACUCUUGUUUCACCAUUUUAGGGCCCUCUCUACGAUUCCCCAAACGCGAAACAACCUUUCCAGUCUUCUGGAAACUGCCAACGCGGUCUUGUCCUUACAACAAAAGUUGUCGGCUAAAACACGGGAAAGGUUCGUUUCUCUCCCCUCCUACAUUUUAUUCUACAUGCAGAUGCAUAGUCACACAGCAACCAAAUCAGACAUACAUCUAUACUUAUGCAAUUUACCGAUGCAUUGUCUCGACUAAUUGCCCUAAGGCUGGUAACACCGUGUAGCACAGGUCUUGGCUUUCAAAGCUUGAGUUAGGGCCAAGUUCGACAAGUAAAACCACACGGCUAUUUUGUUUUUAAUUAAGCGACUACCAGUUUUUUCUGGAAUUUUUAAUAAUUCCGAUGUCUUUAUUCCAUGAGCGACAGAACAGGCUUAGCAAAUUCUUGACGAAUGCCGAAACCGAAGCCUACGGCUGAUGUUUCUUGAUAUCCCAAAAGACUUUAAGCAAAAUACUCAUAUCUUCGACAUAAAUGCUGGUCGACCGAUCCUCUGCUUUAUUUCUUCAUUAUUAUUUGGAGGAGAAACGGGCGAAUACAUAUUCUUAGAUGAGGCGCCCUGUGGUUUCAUUUACACUGGAGUCUAACAUUUGUCUCGAAACGCGGAGUUCGUAUUUUUAGCACGCAACCCGGCUCGCGCUUACCGCAUGUUUAUGACGAGUUUCUUGUUCGAACCAUGCAAAACUACGAGCGGGCAUCUUUUCACCAUAAUUGUAAAGUACAUAAACACCUUUCCCCCAAUAGACAUCUUUCUGAUGGCAUUGCGACUCAGUACGCAGUAAGAUCAUGUGGAGGGUGCCGUGGUUCAGGCCGUUGAGCCUUUACUUUUUCAGCCCUGGUAAAGGCUAAUUUGAGACGGCCGUUAUGGUUCUACGUUCGAGUUGACAGGCCAAUAGACAAUCAUGUGGUCAACAACCCGAUUUUAAUACCUUUGUAUCUUUACAUGCGGAGGAGACACGAUCACUGGAAAAGGUGCUUUUUAACUUGAAUUUUCGGAUUCUCGCCCGAACCCAUCAUCAGAUAGAGAGUCAGAUAAGGUUAGUGGAUCGCUCCAGUGUUGCAGUAUUUAUAGGAUGUAGUUGCUAGGCCGCUACAUGCCCAUCGCAGUGCAUUACGUUUCGACUGGCCAGAUGUUGCCGUAUGCAGCUGCUGUGCGUCUGCGUGCCGGUCAAAAUUAUCGGCUCCCCCACGCUCAUCGCACGCAGCCGAGUUGUUGACUACCAUAUUCCAUCAUCCGUGAAGACUCCCGGGCAAUUUGGCUCACCAAAAUUGACACCAGGAAUGGUGGUCACCUGUACGCUCUCGGCGUGGAUAACUGCUUCACUCUGGCGAAGUGUAAGCACCGAAUAGGUAGAGUUCGUUGCGCUUGUUAAUUGAUUGAGGACCGGAAAACCAUGACUCGAGCAGUUCGCGGCCCACACGGUUGUCACCUCUUAGCGAGAAUUUCGGCUUCGUCAAACGUGAAUGUGUGGUUGGGUCCGUUCGAUUGAUCCGAAACUUGGGAGCUGGCGUCAUCCCCUCCUUACUGUAACACCCGGCCAGUCGAACCACGAUGCGCUCGGGUGCUGCCAACUGUGAUAGGCAUGUGACGGUCUACCAACUAUAUCCCAUAAAUACUGCAACACCUGGGCAAUCUACCACCCCUAUCUGACUGUCUCCGAUGGUGGGUUCGAAUGAGGAUCCGGGACGUUAGGCUAGUAAGGCGAUCGUGUCUUCUUCGCAACUACAAUCUUUAAUGCAACUCUUCGCUUCCUUUAGCACUCUUAAGUGGUAAUAAUACCUCUCACAUGACUGUUAUUCUAAUUUUUUUCCCUUACCCUCCCUCCCACUCUCCCUAAUUUUCGUCAGACCACGCUAG